AUGCGCAUGCGCUACGGUUAUAACGCCAUCACCAUCCCGUAACUCCUCUCAGUCUGAGGUCUGUGGUACCCGGAGGUGGUACCGUAGCAACGUGUCGCUGUACUCCACAACAAAAGGGACACCGGGGGCCACUCGAGCUCAACCGAGCUUCCAGCGGACGCAGCCGAAGAACCUUCCGCGGUACAGCUUCUACUUCCAGUUUGUGCUGCAUCCUCUAAUCCUGUGACGCUCCGCUGUCCUCCAGGAACAGCCUUAAACACAAUUUCCAUCGUCUUCCCAGUUGUCGUGAGCAGAUAUGCCUGCAGCAGUGGGCGGGCCAGUAGGGUACACCCCUCCUGAGGGUGGCUGGGGUUGGGUGGUGGUGUUGGGGGCCUUCAUCUCCAUUGGCUUCUCCUACGCCUUCCCCAAAUCCAUCACUGUGUUCUUCAAAGACAUUGAGGUCAUCUUUGAUGCCACACCAAGUCAAGUGUCCUGGAUCUCCUCCAUCAUGCUGGCUGUCAUGUAUGCAGGAGGUCCAAUCAGCAGCAUCCUCGUGAAUAAAUUCGGCAGCCGACCGAUCAUCAUCCUCGGCGGUUGUCUGUCAGGGUCUGGUCUGGUUGCAGCUUCUUUUUGCAACACGGUGCAGCAGCUGUACUUCUUCAUUGGAGUAAUUGGAGGUUUGGGUCUGGCCUUCAACUUGAAUCCGGCGCUCACUAUGAUCGGUAAAUACUUCUACAAGCGCCGGCCCAUCGCCAACGGCCUCGCCAUGGCGGGCAGCCCCGUGUUUCUGUCGACCUUGGCUCCCUUCAACUCCUGGCUGUACGAUGAGUUUGGGUGGAGAGGCAGCUUCCUCAUCCUCGGUGGACUCCUGCUCAAUUGCUGCGUGGCCGGCUCGCUAAUGCGUCCCAUCGGCCCCAAACCUCAGCCGCCCAAAGUGGAGGCGGUGGAAGCAGGGCAGCCUCAGCCCAAGAGGACGGUGCUGCAGAAAAUCAACUCCUUCAUCGACUUGACGCUCUUCAAGCACCGCGGCUUCCUGCUCUACCUGCUGGGCAACUUCGUCAUGUUCUUUGGUCUCUUUUCUCCGCUCGUCUUCCUCUCCAAUUACGCAAAGAGUAAGGACAUCAGCAAAGAAAAGGCGGCCUUCCUUCUGUCAGUGCUGGCGUUCAUCGACAUGUUUGCUCGGCCCUCAAUGGGCUUUCUGGCGAACACCAAAUGGGUCCGGCCCAGGAUCCAGUACUACUUUGCUGCAUCCGUCCUGUACAACGGUGUGUGUCACGUGCUGGCGCCGAUUUCAAAAGACUACUCGGGAUUUGUGGUCUACGCUAUCUUCUUUGGCUUUGGUUUUGGCUGGCUGAGUUCUGUGCUGUUUGAGACGCUGAUGGACCUGGUGGGGGCUCAGAGGUUUUCUUCAGCUGUGGGUUUGGUCACCAUCGUGGAGUGUGGGCCGGUGCUGUUGGGCCCACCACUGACAGGCAGCUUCUAUAACUACUACCAACACUAUGACUUCACCUACAUUACCUGCGGCAUCGUCCUCAUUAUAGGAAGCAUCUUCCUCUUUGUGGGAAUGGGCAUCAACUACCACAUGUUAGACCGAGAAAAGAAAGCGGAGGAGCAAAAAGAGAGGGAGGAGCCCAAAGAGGAGCGUGCUGCCAUGCUGCCGCCUUCUUCUCCGGCAAAAUCGAGCGAGGAUGGCGUACCAGCAGCUGUCACAAUGGACGAAGUCUCCAGGAUGGAUGAGGACACAGUGUAAACGGACAAACUUGGGAAGAAAUGAACACGCACGAGAGCUGCAGUUACAACCACACAGCAUCUUUAUAGAGAAUAAUCCCUUUUUACACCACCCUGAAGCCAUAGAAACCGCUCCAUGAUUAAAACCAGAGGCCUGCUGCGGUGACGCUGAUGUGAAUCUGCGCUCGGCCUCAUUCAGACCUCCGGUUUUUGGUCUUUGACGUGCCUUUUUGGUGAACUGAGAGCGUUCCAGGCGGUGCUGCUUGCAUAAACACCAGAUAGACGCACAGCAGACGGAGUGACUGUAACCAUCCCGGAAAGUAACGAGGACUUUGUCUCAGGGUCUCAAGCUGUCACAAAGGUUCAGGGCCUCGUGCGCACAUUUUUUAACUAUUUUUUUUAAUAAGUCACCAUACAUGUUACAAUACAGAAAUUUCUCCCUCGUGUUCUGCACAAUCACUUCACUGCUCAAGGGCUGGAUGUAAGCGCUCGCAUCCACAUUGUUAAUCAUAAUAUUAGUUAGGAUUUUUUUUUAAUUAAUUAAAAAAAUAUGGGGUAAAAAGUAGUUCACUACAACACAGGGAAAAGUUAAGGUUCUUCUUUUUAACAUUUUAGGAAUGUAGAAUAACAAAUAUCAGUUUUCCUGUUUGUGGAAAAUCAGGAAGCUGUAAUGUAGGAAUCUUCUGAGCGGUAUGAAACUAGGUCAGGAUGCAGGUAUGGAGGCAGAAAUGUGGAAUUUCAGAGCAGCUCUGAUCUUUUAUUGAACUGAUGAAGAUUAUGAACAUCAUCGGAACAGGUCACACAGACGGGCUCCAACCCUGCUGAUGCAUCCACCACGUGAGCUGCAGGCUGGGUUGGGUAAUAAACGGCACCACACGUUGGUGCGUGUGAGGGGGUGAAGCUGUGCGGAGUAGAUGGAUGGUUGGGUGGCUUCUGUGUGCUCUGAACAUUGUUACAAAAAUGUUUUUUUUUAAUGUAAUUUUUGGGGCGCAGAACAGCACAUUUGUGGUAUUUGAAUAGUGAAAACGGUUUAGUUCAGUUUCUACAAAUCCCUACAAAAAAAGUAAAAUAUUUUAGCUUUCAGGAAACGACAAUCUAACGAGGUCCUUUUUAUAGAGUUUAAUGUAUUUGGAUCAGUGGCGACGUGAGUGAGUGAGGUGUGUUUGUGUUCCAGCAGGUAGGUUUAAAGUUUGGGGGGAUUUUGUCAUUUCAUUCAUUGUAAGUCCAGUCAGUUUGUGAAGUGUACAGAAUUACUCAUAUCAGGAGGAAAGAUUUAACCGGGUGAAUUAACGGGGCUGAAAGCUGAGAACGUUUAAAGAACCCUGUUGGGAGAGGGACUAACACGGUUAUCAUCUUUGUUUUCAUCACGUUGAGAGUAACAGAAAUAUUGCACAUGACCAGCUUUAGAAUCGGAUAAAGUCCCUGCCCACAUGAGACGUUUCCACGGUCGCCCGAGCAUUUCCUUCCUCACAGAGGAAAGCUUCCAAUUGGGCAACAGAUUUUACAUUUCCCUUUCAGUAGGAAUGGAUACUUAUUAUGUUAUUAUGUAUUUUGGUGACUAAAUAUGACCAAAUGUUAGUAUUCAAAGUGAUUAAUUACAAAGUGUGAAUUUGUUUCUUCAUGUGUAUUUUUGUAAAGGUACUACUGGUAUCAAUGGGGAAACUGGUCUCUCUCCUCGCUGAAGUAUCCACCUGUUCAACAGGUUCAUAUUUCAGGGGAAAGAGCAUCUGCUGCAUCGGUACGGCCACAUUCGACUGCUCCAAACCCUGAUUAUUUUUCUCCGUUAAAAAAUAAAUAAAAACAAAAAACUGACCUUCAUGAACUUGUUGGUAAUCGAUAAACUGUUAUUCUAGGUUUUAUUUUCUGAAUUAUGGUCAUUUCAAAUUUAAAGUUGUUCUACUUUCAGGAUGAGCGUUUUGUGAAGUGACACACUGAAAGGAGGCGAUACUGUUUCAUUUAAACUGGGUUUUAAAACGGUAUUAUAAUAGUCGCCUUUUUUAGUGUUUUUAUAAAGCGGACAAAACUUUAGUUUCUGUAAUAUUUUUUCUUUUAGUUGCUGUGAAUUUUUUUUAUGUGUGUUCUUAUUAUUUUGAGUGUUGAGAAUAAACAGUUUUUAAAAUGAAA